UGUGGAGUGAGGUACUGACCAUUACAGGUUACUGCCGGAAAUGGCCAGUCGCUGAGGGUGAAACGAUGUGCUUGGGGAAACAAGCGACGCGUGUUUGUCUGAGAAGAGUAAGCAAGUAUAUAACCUCAGGACAAAUGCAUGUUUCUUGCGCUCCAACAUUAAGGAAAAGAUACGUACUGCUCAUUGCACACAACCAGGUUCCUCAAGUACUGCGGCACAACGAUGAAGUUCGCCUUGGCUGUAACUGCCUUCUUCGCGGUAGCGACGGCAACACCAACACCCACCCGCGACAGUGAGGGGAGAGUUCCUCUUGCCAAGAGAGCAACUGUUUCCGAUAUAGCCAACUUGGGUUAUGCCACCCAAAACGGAGGAACCACCGGCGGGUCAGGCGGCACUGUUACCACGGUCUCGACUUUGGCCCAGUUCACCGCGGCUGUCAGUGAGAAGAACACCGCUCCGGCUAUCGUUGUCGUCGACGGUGUAAUCAAGGGCAAUACGAAGGUCAGAAUCGGCAGCAACAAAACUAUUAUUGGCUUGCCCGGCGCAGGGUUCAACGGUGUUGGCCUUCAUUUUCGCCGGCAGAGCAACCUAAUCCUUCGAAACAUCGUUUCAUCCUUUGUGGAGGCAGACAACGGGGAUGGUUUGACGAUCGAGAAAAGCAGUAACGUGUGGGUCGACCACUGCGAGUUCUACUCGACUCUGGCUCGCGAUAAGGACUUUUAUGACGGCCUUGUUGAUAUUUCCCAUGGGUCCGAAUGGGUGACAAUCUCUCACACUUACUUCCAUGAUCACUGGAAAAGCUCUCUUGUUGGUCACAGCGACAGCAACGGCUCCGAAGAUACCGGGCACCUCCAUGUGACCUAUGCCAACAACUACUGGAAAGAUUGUGGCUCCCGUGGUCCUUUGAUCCGUUUCGGCACCGCCCACAUUUACAACUCCUACUAUGAGAACAUGUCGACUUCAAUUAACACGCGAAUGGGGGCUCAGGUGCUAGUUCAAAGCAACGCCUUUAAGAACGUGACGAAACCUCUUUUUAGCGAGUACUCGAAGCAAGUAGGGUAUGCGGUCGAGAUUGACAACGACUUUGGAGGAGCAAACAACACUGCUCCCACUGGUACCAUGACCUCCAGUUCGCCGCCGUACUCAUAUAGCCUUCUUGGAUCUUCGAAUGUGGCAGCUACCGUACCGAAGGAGGUCGGUGCUAUUCUAAGCUUUUAGGCAAUGAACCGGCAAAGAUGUUAGGAGCUUGGGCGCCAUCAAGCUGUCGUAACAUGAGGAUUCGGAUGAGUUGGUUCUGUUUGUUGAUGAUAGGAUGAACCUUCUCCCACAUACAUCGAGAGACGGUGAUUGCAGUAGGGAGGGGAGCGGCUCGAAGCCAAGCUGUACACUCUUGUCAUUCAUCGUACAUAUCUCUAGUUCCUGAACACACCGACUUUCUUGGCUACCCUGA